AUGCAAAAAUUAUUACCAAGGAAAGCUUCUCAGAAUCAAAGUUUUGAUAAAGCAAUUCCCAUAAUUUUACGACCUUUAUUCCGCGCUUAUAUCUUAGGUUAUACAUCCAGCGCUGGACCUAGGUUAUUAACUCUGUUCUUGGUCCACUUGAGUCGACGUCGUAAGAAUAUUGAUCCAAGACCUGAAGGUGAAGAUCAUUUUUGGAGUUCAUUGGUUGGAAUAUUAAAGGGAGGAUUGGAAUUUCAGAGAUUUCCAACUUUCUGUGCUGCUCUGAUUCCUUUACGAGAGGUAUUCAAGAGAUUAUUGGAAAUUGUACCCGUGACCACACAGUUGAGACUCACUCGCUAUCUCUCAACCUUCAUAUCAGCUUACUUCAGUCUCCAACUCCUUCAAUCCCGUCCAAGUAAAACCUUUACCGAAGAUCUCCUUUACGAAACGAAAAAUGGAAUUGAAUCUCGACCUACCAGAUUUGCUGGAAGAACAUUAGACUUGACACUUUUUGCUUUUACCCGAGCUAUCGAUUGUAUCGUCGGGGAGUUAUGGGCUAAACACAAGAGCCGACGACAGGCUUCUAGGAAAUGGUCGAGGUUGGACAAAACAAUCUCAUCCCUCACUGAUCCAACACUAUUUGCCAGUUCUUGCGCACUGAUAAUGUGGGCAUUCAUUUAUACACCUGCACGUCUUCCCCGCGCCUACAACAAAUGGAUUCAAUCCGCCGCUCAAGUAGACUCUCGUCUACUUAAAGCUCUCCGCUAUUGUCGCUAUGGUGAGCUCAAGUACGGCGUCGAAACAGGGCAAGCACAUCUCCUAGGAAAUAUGUGCAAAGACUAUGGUUUACCGGAAGAGUACGGAGACCCCACAAAAUCCAUCCCAUUCCCUUGUGAAUUAGUUCACAUGGGUUCUGGCCCAAAUUGCGAGUUUCAUGCAGUCUCGAGAUUUUAUAAAUCUUUCAUCUGGUCCGCAUCAAUGUACCUACCACUCAACCUAGCACUUCUUCUCCGAACCCCAAAAAUAUCCACAAAAUCCCUCAUCCAUGCCUUUAAAUCCUCAGCUCGUUCUUCUGCUUUCCUAUCUACAUUCAUAACCCUCUUCUAUUACGGUAUUUGCCUAACUCGUACACGACUCGGUCCACAUAUCCUCGGUACCUCUGCACAUGCUUGUCAAGCCAUCGAUUCGGGAUAUGGUAUAGGAACAGGAUGUUGGAUGUGUGGCUGGAGUGUCGUGUUGGAAACUGCAAAGAGGAGGGAGGAAAUGGGAUUGUUUGUAGCGCCGAGAGCAUUGGCGACGCUUUUGCCGAGAAGGUAUAGGUGGGAGGAGCAGUGGAUUGAGAGGGUGGUUUUUGCUUGGGGGGCGGCGGUGGUUUUUACGAGGGUGGGGGAGAAUAGUAAUGGGAAGGGGGAUCUAAGUAUUGGUGUUGGUGUUGAUGUUGAUAUUGAUAUUGGUAUUGGUGUUGGUAUUGAUAUAUAUGGAGGGAAGAUUAUGGGUGGGGGUGAGGGUGGGGUUGAGGAUGGGGAUGAAGAUGAGGAUGAGGAUGAGGAUGAGGAUGAGGAUGAAAGGAAAGGGAUAAGAAAGGGAUAA